UUUUUAAUUAAGAAGUAUGUCAAAGUAUUUGUGGGCGGCGUAUAAAAACUUGCGGGUCACAGCUCCAAAAACCUCGAUCCCCGGCCUACAAAUACCAUCCUCCUCCUAACCCACCAACGACUCAAUCAUCAACAAAUUUUCGAUUCUUUCCUCCGAUCCAUAUAUUUUGAAUUCAAUUGAUUGAUUUUGCAGAUCGAAAUAAAUUUCCCUCUGCGGCCCCGGCGCUGAUAAAUCAAUGGCGGCUCAAAAUAGUUGGGGCCUUCAUACCUUGGCUUCCCUCUGCGGCCUGCUCCUGCUGCUUCACAAAGCCAAUGCUGUUGAAUUCAAGGUCGGAGGCACCGGAGCUUGGGGCCCCAAUUUCAACGAAACCUUUUACAAUAAGUGGGCAGAGGGAACGCGCUUUCAAAUCAAUGACGCCAUUGUUUUCAACUACGAGGCACAUAAGGAUUCAGUGCUUCUGGUAAGCAAAAAAGAAGACUAUAAGAGUUGCACUACCACAGGUGAUGUGCUCAAAUACAGCGACGAAAGCGGCCAAACUAAGGUCCAAUUCGACCGCUCUGGCUACUUCUACUUCAUCAGCGGAGUCAACUGCAAUACCACUCAUCAGAAACUUGUCAUCGUCGUCUUGGCCGAUCGCCGGAGCCGCUCCAACGCGCCCACUCCAACUCCCUCCUCCUCCUCCGCUCCAGCCCCUGCCCCGGCUGCUCAAGCGGCGCCUCCUUCUCCGCCCCCUGCCGCCGUCGAUCUCACCCCAGCUCCAGAGCCAGCUGCCCAAGACUCUCCUAAUACCAACGCCGGGGGAUCGCUGAUUGUCACCGGCUGUGCUUCUUCCAUGAUUGCAGCAGCGGCCUUGUCUUUCAUGCUCUUUUAAUUCAACGCCUCAUCGAUGAUAUAUACUCCUACUUCGUAUGAUCCAUGAUCGAAAAGCAGCAGCUGCUUCCAUCUCAAUGACAGUAUAUAAAUGGUUGUGAUUCGGUAAUUAUUAUGGGGCCUGCGGGAUUUCUUUCUUUCUUUCUUUCUUUUUUCUUUUUUUUUUGCUUUUCCCGUACGUUAUUGUUUGAUGAACCUUUGAUUUGAUUGUAUAAAUAAAAAAUUGUGUUGAUAACUACAGUACAUAAUAUAAUAUAAUGCAAUAUUAACACUCAAAUCGGCUAGAUUUUUAAAUUGGUAAAUUCUCGUUGUGAAUAUUGUAAUCGUUGAAUCUCUUAAGUUAUGGAUAAAAUAAAAAUUUGAUGAAAAAUAGCUAA